AUCCCUCCAACCAACGCGCCUACCGACCACAUGACCGCACCUUCCAAAAAAACAAGAUCCAAAAUGAUGGGGCCCGGCGAUCAGAAGAUCGAAUACCGCCGCGUGGGGAACUCCGGCUUGAAAGUCUCCGUUCCGAUCCUCGGGACCAUGGGGUUCGGGAAUAAACUCUGGCAGCCAUGGUGCGUAGACGAAGAGGCGUCGUUGAAGGUCCUGAAGGCUGCUUACGACCUGGGCAUCAAUACCUGGGAUACGGCAAAUACCUAUUCCAACGGCGAGUCCGAGAGGAUUAUCGGGAAGGCUAUCAAGGAGUUCAAGAUUCCGAGGGAUAAACUGGUUAUCAUGACCAAGUGUUAUUGCGCCGUUGGGGAUGAGCCUGGAAUGCAGAGCUAUAUGAUGCCCGAGUUGAAGUUUCGGAAAGAUUAUGUGAAUCGGCUUGGUCAGCUUCUUGCAGUUCGCUUUUGGGAGUGGAGUCUGACAAGGAGGGGGUGUAGGGCUCUCACGUAAGGCUAUAUUCUCGGAGGUGAAUGCUUCGCUGGAGAGGUUGGGGUUGGAAUACAUCGACUUGCUCCAGAUUCAUCGGUGUGACCCCGAGACAACGCCGGAGGAGACUAUGGAAGCAUUGCAUGAUCUUGUAAAGAGCGGGAAGUGUGUUGUCUCCUUCCCAUUACUUCCCGCAAGUCCAAAGUCGCUCAUGCUAGGAAAUAGAAUACGAUACAUCGGUGCCUCAUCAAUGUGGACCUGGCAAUUUUGGUACAUGUCAAACAUUUCCCAUGCCCCAAUCCGACCAGCUAACACCAAAACCGCACUAGCCUCUACCAACAAGCCGCUGAGCGCAACAACUGGACAAAAUUCAUCUCAAUGCAGAACCAAUACUCCCUCAUCUACCGAGAAGAAGAACGCGAUAUGAUACCCUACUGCCGUGCAACCGGCGUCGGCAUAAUCCCCUGGGCGCCUCUAGCACGCGGGCACCUAACCCGCCUCUCCGCUGCAGAAAUAGACUCCGAACGGAGCAACAUGGAGAAGAAAUACCAAGGCGAGGCCUUCUUCGCUGUGGGCUCAUCGGAAGUAGAUAAAAGUACUAUUUCCCGCAUCAAGGAGGUUGCGGAUAGAAAGGGGUGGACUAUGGCUGAAGUUGCGCUUGCCUGGAUUUUGGGCAAGGAUACUGCCCCAAUUGUGGGAAUUUCGAAGGUGGAGAGGGUGGCGGAUACGGCAGGGCUGAAGGGGAAGAGCUUAAGUGAGAAUGAGGUGGAGUUUUUGGAGGAGUUGUAUAUUCCUAGGAAGAUCUCGGGACAUAUUUAGUGUGGAGGGGGCCGGUGCACACCUCUUCACUGUGUGGCGGCGCAGGUUUACCUGCUAAGGACUAUCCUCCUACGGUAUAUUUUGUGGAUAUCCCUGUGGUUUAUGGGGAUAUAAACACAAGCACCCGGAUGGCUAGAACUUGAAUCUUAGACGCCCUUCACGUUUCUUAGACAUUUUAAAGGAAGAGGAGAAUAACUCAUUUGCUAUCCCUCG